AGAGCCCAGAGCUAAAAAAGCUGUAACAAAAGCAGCUCCACUUUCAAACCCACAAAGCCUCCCUCUCACCGUAGCUUCUAGAAAGAGAAGGGGGGAGAGAGGGAGAGAGAGAGUGGGGGCGGGCGGGCUCUCCUCAAGCCGAAGCAACCCGUCCUUCUUUUUUCUUCCUGCUCCCUCUGCGUAUUAGAUCAUUUGAAGUGGAAAGGUGAGCUAUGAAAAGUACACACCUUUCUAGUAACGGAAGUAGUGCUGACAAAGGAGAUGGGAGAGAAGCUGCAGUUAACCAAUUAAGUGAGGAGGUUGUCUUGGGGGAUCUAAUAUGGGUUAGGAUCCAUGGCUCCUCAUGGUGGCCUGCACAGGUUGCUGAUGAUAAUACUGUGAGUCAAAAGAUUAAGCCCAGAGACAGAUCAGCUGGUGAUGUCCUUGUUCGACUAUAUGGAAGCUAUAAAUACAUGUAUGUGGAUUCAAGGACAUAUCAGUUAGAGUUUGAGAAGAUACUCCAAAAACACAAUGGCGAACAGAUUGAAAUACUUAAAAAAACACUAGGGCAGGAUAUUGUGCGUUCAAAAUCUCACAGAGGAAAGAGGAAAGAAUCCCAAUUUGAAGGAAAAGUUAGAGUUGGUUCUCCUCGAGGUAAAAAAGCAAAGCAAAAUAUAACCAAAACAGUACAGAGUACUGGUGCCUUGGGAAAUCACCCAGAUGUAAAGGUUGUGGAAACUGGAAUGCUUAGGGCUGAUCGUGAUGCUAGAAAUUCUGUGUACAUUGCUUCAGAAGAUGUUGAAACAGGAGAACGUAGUCCCAAGAAGAAUUUGAUUGAGAGUGGAACUACUUCUCGAACCUCUCAUUCUCAAACAAGGAUUUCUCAAAGAAUCCUGGCUGCUGCCAAUACCUCAGAUGCAAAGGUGAAUAAUAGCAAUUCACUUUCAGGAAAAACCAGGAAAGCAAAAAGUACAAAACAAACGACAGGUGAAAAGCAAAACAAUGUUGACCUGCAUAGUCCAAAAUUUACAAGUAUCUCUCCAAGGACAAUUGCCGGUGGCUCACAACCAAAGAUGAAGAAUGGCAAUUCAACUUCAGCAAUAACCAAUGACAAGAAAAGCAACCGGCAAAGGGGAGUACAAAGUGAAAGCAAAAACCAAAAUCUUGUUCAGAAGAAAAUUGAGCUGAACAGCCCAAGCUCUGCAACAACUCCAGCUGGAAAAUCCGAACAACUGACUGCAAGAAGAAUAAAAGUUAUGCAAUGUCUUGGUUUGAUUGCACCUUCUGGAUCUCCUUUCCACUGAUCUGGAGACAUUUAUUCGUGCUUGUCUCCCUGUUUUGAAGCCGAAGUUAUUUUGUGCUAGUUUAAGGAUGGAGUGGAUAUCGGCAUAUUGUUAGGAUUGGAGUUCAGAACCUUGCUUCCUUUGCAUGCCGAUUUCAGGAAUUGGAUGGAAGUCUUGCACUGAUGAUGCAGCAAAAAGCGUGCCGAAGGAAUAGCAGUUUUGAACUUUGAAAUAUAAACUUGGUUUUGUAAUUCUAGGUUAAUUCUGGUAGGUGCUUUCGUUUGUUAAACUGUAUGAACAAGGAUAGUAUCUCCACCAAACAAAGAUGCCUCAAAAUGUUGAGGAUUUGAGCUCUCUCCCCUUUCUGAGACUGUCCUUCACAAAGGCCCCAUUUAGUGGAUGACAUCCUCAGUUCCUGUUUAUACGUGGAUCGGAUCCUUGCCA